AUGGCGGCCGCGAUGUUCCGGAGCUUGCUGGUGUCGGCGGGGGGGUCCCGCGAGGCGCCCUCCGCGCCCGGCCCGCCGGGCGCCGCCCCCGCCCCGCCGCCGCCUCACCCGCUCGAACCCGGCGCCGCGCUGGAGGCCCAGUUCAGCUGCCCUAUUUGCCUGGAGGUCUACCAGCGCCCGGUCCGCAUCACCCCCUGCAGGCACACAUUUUGUGGGGAAUGCCUGCAGCCCUGUCUCCAAGUUCCAUCUCCUCUCUGUCCCCUUUGCCGCAUGCCCUUUGACCCCAAGAAGGUGGAGAAGGCCUCCAGUGUGGAAAAGCAACUGUCUUCCUUCAAGGCACCAUGUCGAGGCUGCAGUAAAAAGGUGACCCUUGCAAAGAUGAGAUCUCACAUCACAUCAUGUGCAAAAGUCCAGGAACAAAUGGCCAACUGUCCAAAGUUUGUGCCUGUCGUCCCAACAUCCCAACCUAUUCCAAGCAAUAUUCCAAACCGAUCCACGUUUGUCUGUCCCUAUUGUGGAGCGCGGAACCUGGAUCAGCAGGAGCUAGUGAAACACUGCAUGGAGAAUCACCGCAGUGACCCUAACAAAGUGGUCUGUCCAGUCUGCUCAGCCAUGCCUUGGGGGGACCCCAGUUACAAGAGUGCCAACUUUCUACAGCAUCUCCUGCACAGGCACAAGUUUUCCUAUGACACGUUUGUGGACUAUAACAUUGAUGAGGAAGCGGCUUUACAGGCAGCCCUGGCGCUCUCCCUCUCGGAGAACUGA